AUGUCUCUUCCUCUCCAAGGCAUUCGAGUGCUUGAGCUAGCAGGCUUAGCCCCAGGCCCCUUCGCAGGCCUCCUGCUGGCCGAUUACGGGGCUUCUGUUCUCCGCAUCGAUCGCCCCAAAGCCGGGGUUGCCGUGAGCGCCGACCACUUAGCACGCCACAAGUCUUCAAUUACGCUGGAUCUACGCGAUGCAAGGUCUAAAGAAAUCCUUCUUCGCCUCCUGGUGGCAGCCGACGUGCUGAUCGACCCUUUCCGCCCAGGCGUGCUCGAGCGUCUCGGCCUUUCGCCAACAGAGGUGCUCCUAAAGCGUAACCCACGGCUGAUUGUCGCGCGCAUGACCGGCUUCAGACGAGAUGGCAAGUAUAGGGACAUGGCUGGCCAUGAUAUCAACUACAUUGCUGUCUCAGGCCCCUUUGCGCCAGCGAAUAUCCUUGGCGACUUCGGUGGCGGUGGAGCAAUGUGCUUCCUUGGAAUCCUGCUGGCAUUGAUAUCGCGCUCACACACCGGUCGCGGCCAGAUCGUGGAGGCGAACAUGGUGGAUGGUUCCGCGUACCUGGCUACCAUGCCGCGACUCGCCAGGCAAACUCCGAUGUGGGAUAAGCCGCGGGGGACGAAUUUGUUGGAUGGGGGCUGUCCGUAUUACGAUACUUAUGAAACGAAAGAUGCCGGGAAAUAUUUUGCUGUCGGGGCCUUAGAACCGCAGUUCUACGCCGCAUUGAUGAAGGGGUUGGAGCUUGAUCCGAAGACGACGCCCAAGCGAGAGGAUCGAGCGAAUUGGCCUGCUCUACGCGAACUAUUCACACGGCGUUUUAAGGAAAAGACUCGGGCGGAAUGGGAAGCGAUCUUUGAUGGGACCGAUGCGUGUGCGACUCCUGUACUAGAGCAGGGCGAGUUGCAGGCUGCCGGACAUGAGCAGCGCCCCGCAGUUCAUCUUUCCAAAACUCCUGCUUUGCCUAUCAAGUCUGAUGAGGGCGGAUGGACCGGUGGUGGCCUCGCGCCAAAUGAGGGUGGUGAAGAGACGCUCCGAGCGUGGGUGGGAUGGGAACCUAGCAAGAAUUACCAUCUCCGAGAGGACGGCGCAUUUGUCACUGCAGAUGAUAAGGCGAAACUGUGA